AUGACUAAUUCAACCACUUUGGCUGAAUUCGUGCUUCUGGGAUUUUCAGAUGUGCUGGAGCUCAGAGCCUCACACGCCAUGCUGUUCCUACUGAUAUACUUGGCGACCCUGACAGGGAACCUUCUGAUUGUCACAGUAAUCACCUUUGACCAGGGUCUUCACACUCCCAUGUACUUCUUCCUCAGGAAUCUGUCCGUCCUGGACAUGUGCUACAUUUCUGUCACUGUGCCCAAGGCAUGUGUCGUCUUCCUGCUGGACAAUGGGGUGAUCUCCAUAGCUGGAUGUGCAGCUCAGAUCUUCCUCGUGCUUGUCUUCGCUUUAACAGAGCUGCUGUUUCUCACCAUCAUGGCCCGUGACUGCUAUGUGGCCAUCUGCCUGCCUCUCCACUACCCUGCGAUCAUGAGCCCUAGGGUCUGUGUCCAGAUGACCCUAGCCUCCAUCCUCAGUGCUGUGGUCUACUCAGGGUUCCACACGGGCAACACAUUCCGGCUGUCCUUCUGUCAGUCCAAUGUGGUCCACCAGUUCUUCUGUGACAUCCCCUCCCUGCUGAAGCUCUCCUGCUCUGACACCUUCAGCAAUGAAAUUGCCAUUUUUGUCUCUGCAGUGGUGACUGGUGGCAGCUGUUUUGCCUUCAUCACCGUGUCUUACAUUCACAUAUUUUCUAAGGUGCUCAGGUUUCCAGUAAAAGACCGAGGAAAAGCUUUCUCCACUUGCAUUCCUCACAUCCUUGUCAUGACAGUCUUUGUCAGCUCUGCCACCGCCGUAUAUUUGAAACCAACUUCAAGCUCCCUCACAAUUCAAGACAUGAUCACAUCUGUCUUCUACUCUAUAGUCCCUCCUUUCUUGAAUCCUAUUAUCUACAGUUUUAGAAACAAGCAAAUAAUGCAAGGUGUUAAGAAAAUUAUGAGAACAUUUUACUUGGGAAGGAGAUAG